CAUAUCUUCAAUGCCUCAUUGACUCGAUCACGUUUUCGCAUCAUUGCAAGAUUGCCCUUGGAUCGCGAGUACGACUGAAUCUCCGUGCGACUCUAGACUUCUUGACAGGACGAGGGAAUUGUGUCGGACCGCACGCUGUACUGGUCGGCAUCGUCUCAUCAACACCCGAGCAUUCCAGCCUGCCGGGCUGCCAACAUACUGUGUACUGAGAAGAGCACAACCCACAUCGUGUUAAAAUGGAUUUCACAGGCACAUCUCUCAACGACCGGCUCCUCUUUGGAGUGCCAAAGAAAGGACGACUCCACCAAGCAUGUCUUGAUCUACUUGCUGGCUCCGACAUCCAGUUCCACCGCCACAACCGUCAUGACAUUGCGCUUGUGAAGAAUCUCCCAUUGGCCCUGGUCUUCCUACCAGCAGCGGACAUUCCCUUCUUCGUUGGGCAGGGCCGAGUCGAUAUCGGCAUUACGGGCAGGGACCAAGUGGCUGAGCACGAAGUCGGAACUCCUCCAACUGAGGCCACAGGUGUGGUCGAGGUCCUCGAGCUUGGCUUUGGCGCCUGCAAAUUGCAGGUGCAGGUGCCGGAGAAGGGGCCGAUCCAAACGCCACAGCAAUUGAUCGGCAAAAACAUCGUCACCAGUUUCACCGCUCUUGCUGCGCAGUAUUUCCAGAAGCUGGAGGGAGCAGAGUCGAGCGUCCAAACCAACGGCGAUGCAGGCAGCAAGCUAGCCACCAAGAUCCAAUUCGUGGGUGGGAGCGUUGAAGCUGCGUGCAAUUUGGGCUUCGCAGACGGCAUUGUCGAUCUCGUUGAAUCUGGCGAGACGAUGCGCGCGGCUGGGCUCAAAGCCAUCGAUACUGUGGUAGAGUCGACUGCAGUGCUGAUCACUUCGAAGCACCCAUCCGACCCCAAGCUCGUUCACAUCAUUGCAAAUCGAAUUCGUGGCGUCAUCACGGCCAAGAAGUACGUGCUUUGUACUUACAACGUGGAACGGAGACUACUGCCCGUAGUCAGUCAAAUCACUCCUGGCCGGCGUGCUCCAACCGUCACCAGCCUUGAUGAAGAGGGAUGGGUGGCAGUGUCGGUGAUGGAACAGCGAAGCAAGAUUGCUCCUGCUAUGGACGCCUUGCUCGAGGCUGGAGCAGUGGACAUUCUUGUAACGGAAAUCGGAAACGCCCGCAUGGGAUCGGUCGACUAAGGGAGGAAUGUGUUUCGAGGGAAGUUGGUAGCAGGACAUCUGACUCCAGGCUGCGACUUCUUGAUGAUGGGGCUUCAUGGUCGACGGUUAGAAUAAUCGGCAUGGUUCUUUUACAGCUCAUUGAUGUAACGACUACAUUUGAUAGAAUACCUUAGAAGGGAUCCUGGGUUAAUGCAAGUGGGCCACCAUGCCUUUCAUUCAGCGCAUCUGUAGCCCUCAAGUGUUCUUCGUGGUAAUGAGCAGAAGCCCCCCGCUUCUCAUGCUCCACUAUAAGCAACG